AUGAGAUUUGUUUUUUUCUUCUUUUUUUUAUUAAUUAUUUCAAAAUCUGUAAAUGGAUUAUGUAAAUGGUAUGGAACUGCUCCAUUUUGUUUUAUUAAUAAUUCAUGCCCUCGUGGAUGUGCUGCAACAUUACAAAGUACAACAGGUGAUGGUCAUACAUGUUGGUUGUCAUAUAAAAAUUUUUGUUGUUGUUUACCACGAAUUGUAUAA